AUGACCCCUCUAUCGCGGUGCGGGGCCGGUGCUGACCCUGUUAGCAGAACGGCAGCAGCAGCAGCGACAACAGCAGCAGCAAUAAUAAUAACAGCAAGAACAACAACAGCAAAAACAACGAUGCCUAAGCGGUCGGCGACACUAGACAAGGGGGUGAGUGCGGAUCUUGCGCGCGGCGGAACCGCAGCUGACCCUUGUGUGGUAGCCCGGCGAACUGCGCGCAUGGCCUUGCGGGCCAUGUCUGACGCGCUCGGAAGAUCCCGAGCAUAG